AUAAUUAUUUAGUUUUGUAAAAUGUUGAACAAAUUUGUGUUCUUAGCAUGCCUCAUGGGCAUUGCUGUUGCACUACCCCAACAACUCCCAUUGGGCGAGAAAUCAGCACGGGCUUUGAAAGUGACAGCUGAUACUUUUGAUUCAUUGAGUCCACGAGAAAAGAUUGAAUCUGUCAAUGAGAUGGCUGAUGUCAUCAUCACUGAAGUUCGUUUGUUAAUGGGCGAUUUAGGUUUGGAUCCCUAUAAGUUACCCGACGUUCAUGAAAACUUCACUUUCAAACCGAUUAUUAUCACUUAUCACGGUGAAUUGGACAUGGAACGCGGUUGGGCACAGGACGUGUCCGAAAUCUACCGUAAUGGCAAUGUUUACAUGGAUUACACUGGUCGUAUCCUUACAAUCAAUGUGCCUAUUAAAUUUAACAAAAUUUUGUUCAACUACGAUUACAACGCUAAAUUGAUGGAUCUGGGACCAGAUGGUAGUAUUGAAGGCAGCGCAACAGAUAUUCAAAUUUAUUUUUCUUUGGCUUUGGAUUUCAAUCAAUUAGUAAUCACAUUGAAUGAAUUUGACAUCGUUAAAAUCGGAAAAAUUUCAUGUAAAUUUACUGGAAAUGGAAUAAUCGACUGGUUUGUCAAUCUCCUCACACCGAUUGUCACUGGCAUCUUCAAGGGGCUGAUCACACUCAUCGCUGAAGUAAUUGUGCGCAGUACAUUGGAGACCGUAAUUGAUUUAUUAAACGAUGCACUCCAAAAUAUCCAACCACCGACCUCAGAGAUUGCGCAAGUACAAGAUAAUGCCAUCAAACACUUUUAAACAAAUGCAUUUUGUCAAGUGUUUUGAUAACACUUGAAUUAUCUGAACGCCAAUCACAUUUAAUUGAAAUAUAAUAGAAAUUCAAUCACACCUGCUGAGAUCCUGAGACAUAGAUAAUUACCGGCGGCGAUAACAUUUACAAACACUGAUUGGUUCUAAAUUUGGAACUAUUUUUGUGUUGAAUUGAUAAAAUUAAUAUUUGUGUAAAAUUUAUACACUUUCAGGUUUCAAACUAAUAAAAAAUGCAUUAAUUUCGUCAAAUAA